GCUUUCUAUGCUAACAGGCUUUCAGUCGAUGGUCUCACUUCUCCAUGGCUACAAUUAAAAGUUGGAUUGAAAAUAUUAAACAAAUCAACUACAGUCCUUGCAUUAUGUACGUUAUGUAUGUCAUGUGGAUGGUCGCCUUUUUGGCUUCGGUGUCGUCCAAAACGACCGGCACCCAAACUGGGACAGACGUUGUCACCGAAAUUCUGAGUGCCAUCAGCGGACGUGAAGACACGCGGAGAGUUGCCGAUUAUCUCAAUUUAUCACGCGCUGAACUGGUCAAAGAAAUGCCUCUCUUUAGUCCUGAUGGGACGAAAUUAAGUUACACAUUCUUCGCCCCGACGUCGUUUGCUUUCCUGCUGCAAACACCGCAAGACACUGUCGAUCCGUUCCUUGUUGACGCCAAUCUCCGUCUCAGAGUGUUGAUUCGCCAUUUUGCUAGACAAGGCGUCUCAUCUAACGAUCUGACCAGAUUGGACACGCUGGUCAUGGCUGACUCGAGUGUGGCAGCUAUUACUCGUACAGCUGACACAAAGACGUUCAUCAAUGGAGCAGAAAUUCAGAGUUCUUUGUCGUCCUCCUUUGUCGCUGUUUAUAUUGUCGAUCGAGUGUUUAUAGUCGGCAAUGAAAUAAAUGACGCCAUCAGCGCCCAUUUCCAGAACAAUCCGGCAACAAUCAUCGGCCUCCCCGAAAUGCUGCCGUCAGUAGUUCCAGAAAUCGCCAUUGUGGAGCCAUCUGUUUCGGCACUUGUGCCAACUGUGGGCGGCUUCAGUAGUGUCUCUCCCAACGAUAUCGACGUCCAGGACGUGGCAAGAUUCGUAACGACGUCGUUGAGUGCUAACGGGGCUUCUCCACUCUUCCUAGUGAGUGUCGACACAGCUGAAAAGCAAAUUGUAGCCGGUGUCAACUAUCGACUUCAGCUAAAGUUCAACAACCAAUUGGAAAGCGAAGAAAAUACUUUAAUCGUUUGCCAAGUUGUAGUCUUUGAUCAGCCGUGGACGUCCACUCGCCAAAUCAGCUCAUCCAAAUGUAGUCUAUCCCGAUCCGCCACUUCUGUUGAAAUUGACUAAGCAUAAAAUUAGGAAAGAUUAACCUAUUUAUCAUGGCAUAAAACUCACUUGACUUGUUUUCAUUAAACCGAUUUUUCUUCGCGUGUCAGAUCCUGUUUCGAUGUAUUUUGCCAUUUGUAAAAAAAAAAGGAUUCAAAAAUAGAUGAAGUAAAAUACGAAGAUUUAA